AAACAUCAGCAGCGUACCUAAAAGUCAUGUAAAUAUUUACUGCACCAGUUGAGCUGCUUUUUUUCUGACAAAGAAUAUUUGUUCUGCUCCGGUUCAUGAAGAAGAAGGAUUCAGAAACAGACUGCAGGUACAGACUGUGAUGUGUUUCUGGUGUUGCAUCGUGGAGAGAGAGGCUGGCAGAGACAGGCGCAUCCAAUUCUAAUGCGCCCAGCACGGAUGAAUUGGGGACUAUGUGGUGCCCAGAAGAGGAGGUUGGUGCUGGGUGUCAUUGUCCUGUUGCUUGUGGACAUAAUCUGGGUUGCUUCAUCCGAACUCACUGUAUAUGUGUUUGUGCAGCAGCAGUACAGCAAGCCCUUUUUCAGCACGUUUGUGAAGACCUCCAUGUUCAUAGUGUACCUGCUGGGCUUCCUGUUCUGGAAACCAUGGAGACAGCAGUGUGCAACCCGACAGCAACGUGGCAUAUCUAUUUCUGAUGCUGAUCCACCUGUGAUUGCUGUCGGCACUGAAAACAACUAUAAUAAUUCCCUAAGUGAGCCACUGUAUGUGCCGGUGAAGUUUCAGGAUGUUCCUGAUAACAGCCUCAGUCGAGAGUCUAAGACUCCUGCAAGGAAGCAGAGAGUGAGGUUCAGCAAUGUCAUGGAGGUACGAGAACUUCCUCACUCUCAGGCUUUAGAAGCCAAACUGUCUCGAAUGUCUCAUGCUGCCACUUCACUCAGGAUUAUGGGUAAACUCAGCAUCAGUGCUGUGGCCAAAAUCAGCUUCUUCUUCUGUUUUGUGUGGUUCUUGGCUAAUCUAGCCUAUCAGGAAGCUUUAACAGACACACAGGUGGCUAUAGUAAACAUUGUGUCAUCCACCUCAGGUCUCUUCACAUUGAUCUUGGCAUCCAUAUUUCCCAGCAAUAGCAGUGAUCGUUUUACACUUUCCAAACUGCUUGCUGUUAUUCUCAGCAUGGUGGGAGUGGCUGUGGUCAGUUUCUCCGGGAUGGACAGGUCUAGUGGAAAAGGCAUUAUUGGCUCUCUCUGGUCACUGCUGGGAGCGAUCUUGUAUGCUGUCUACAUUGUAAUGCUAAAGAGGAAAGUUGACCGAGAGGAGAAGCUUGAUAUUCCGAUGUUCUUCGGCUUUGUGGGCUUGUUUAGCCUGCUGCUGUUAUGGCCUGGCUUUGUGCUGCUGCAUUACUCUGGGUUGGAGCUGUUCGAGAUGCCUAAUCGGAUGGUAAUCAGCUACAUCCUCAUCAACGGCUUAAUUGGGACUGUGCUCUCGGAGUUCCUCUGGUUAUGGGGCUGUUUUCUCACUUCAUCUCUAAUUGGGACACUGGCUCUGAGUUUAACAAUCCCACUGUCCAUCCUGACUGAUAUAUGCUUGCAGAAGACGAGUUUCUCUUGGUUAUUCUUUGCUGGAGCAGUUCCAGUUUUUCUCUCCUUUUUCCUGACUGCACUCCUGAGCCAGUACAAUAACUGGGACCCAGCGAUGGUGGCGCUGCGGAGAGUUUUCUCCUUUUUCUGCCGCAAGCACAGGAUUCACAGAUUAGCAGAGGACAGUGAGCAGUGUGAGAGCCUCAUCCCUUUACAGAGCUCUGCCCUGGAUAACAGAGGUUUCUGCUCUUGAUUAACAUUUUAAGAGGAACUGAGAAGCAGCAACGGACAAUCUAAAACCUGCCAUUGUGCCUCGUAUCACUUCUUCCUUCUCUUCACAUAUACUGAAGACCUGUGAUUGACCAUUCUUAUCCUCAUUUUGUUGGCUGUGAUAUCUCAGGGCCAAAAACUACGCCCAAGCAAGCAGCCUUUAUCAGCCAUGAUGGAUGAUCCAGACACACUGACUGACUUUCCAAUCACAGUAUCACAAUCCGAGCCCUUCCCAAGUAAAAAUGGGAUUGUGAUCAGUAGCUUCUGAGCUCUUGUAGUAACACUUUGUGUGUGUGUGUGUGUGUGUGUGUGUGUGUGUGUGUGUGUGUGUGUGUGUGUGUGUGUGUGUGUGUGUGUGUGUGUAAAAAUAGGAUUGUGAUCAGCAGAGUCUGAGCUCUUGAAGUAACACUUUGUGUGUGUGUGUUUGUGUGUGUGUGUGUGUGUGUGUGUGUAUGUUUUCAUCAGUAUCUUACAACAUAAAUUUAUACAGACUGCACACACUACAUAGUUAUUGUUUCGCAUUUUGAUGUACAUGCAGAUUUGCUGGUUUCAAAUCACCAAUACUCCCAUGAAGUAUAAAUAGCCUAUAAUCUUUUUAAUCUUUGUACUGUAGAUAGUGUCUAGAUGUCAAGGUCCUAGUAAAACUCGCACAAUCCCAUUUACCAUUGAAGGAAAACACUAAAGCCAUGUACUAUUGUAAUUAAUACAUUGUGUGUAUAAAUUACCAUUUAAAUGUAAUUAAUACAUUUUGUGUAUGAAUUACUAAUUAUAAUCCAAUACAAGUAAACACUAUAGAAUGUAUGUAUUCU